AUGAAGGCUUCUGUGCUUUCGCUGGUCGCUGCCACUGCCCUGGGCGCUUCUACCGCCCUCGCCAAAACAGACCCCGUCACCGUCAAGGGCAACGCUUUCUUUGCGGGGAACAAUAGGUUCUACGUGCGUGGUGUUGACUAUCAGCCGGGUGGUACAUCCAAGCUAGUUGACCCGCUUGCCGACCCGACCAUCUGCAAAAGAGAUAUUGAAUAUUUCAAGAAACUCGGCCUCAACACCGUCCGUAUCUACACCGUUGAUAACAGCAAAAGCCAUGAAGAGUGCAUGCGCGCCUUAUCCGACGCCGGAAUCUACUUGGUGUUGGAUGUGAACACGCCCAAGUACUCCAUCAACCGCAAUGACCCCGCACCCUCGUACAACGACGUCUACCUUCAGAAUGUCUUUGCCACUGUUGACUUGUUUGCCAAAUAUGACAACACCUUGGCCUUCUUCUCCGGAAACGAAGUAAUCAACGAUGAGAAGACGUCCAGCACGGCUCCUUACAUCAAAGCUGUGACCCGUGAUAUCCGCCAGUAUAUCCGCAACCGGAAACUAAGAGAGAUCCCAGUCGGCUACUCUGCUGCAGACGUGAGUGCCAAUCGUCUGGAGACAGCUCAAUAUAUGAACUGUGGCUCCGAUGACGAGAGAAGCGACUUCUUCGCCUUUAACGACUACUCCUGGUGCUCGCCGUCGUCCUUUACUGGAUCGGGCUGGGAUCAGAAGGUGAAAAACUUCACCGGCUACGGACUUCCUCUUUUCCUCUCCGAAUACGGAUGCAACACAAACAAGCGUGAUUUUGGUGAGGUGGCGUCCCUGUACUCUGAUUCAAUGACUGGUGUCUACUCUGGGGGCCUUGUCUAUGAGUACACUCAAGAGGCCAACAACUACGGUUUAGUCAAAAUCAAGGGCAACAAUGUUGAGGAGCUCCCCGACUUCGAAGCUUUGAGAAAGGCCUUUGCUGGGACAAAGAAUCCAUCGGGUGACGGAGGCUACAACUCUAGAGGCGGUUCUAGCAACCCUUGCCCUGCGAGAAAUGCUCCCAACUGGGAUGUCCAAGGCACCUCCCUGCCUGCUAUUCCUGAGCCAGCGAAGAAAUUCAUGACAGAGGGAGCUGGCAAGGGUGCCGGUCUCGAAGGCCCAGGAAGCCAGAAUGCAGGGACCAGAUCUUCCGGUACUUCGACCCCCGGCGCCGGCGGUGCUCCCAAAAAGGCCGCCGCCUUCAGCUUGCGCCCCGAGUCCGGCCUUGCGCCGGUGGUUUGUGCUCUGGCCGUUGUGGUGUCGACGAUGUUUGGAGCGUCCUUCGUUUUUCUCGCUUGA